CCUAGAUGAGCUAGAAACAGUCACAACAGUCACUGUCACUACGCAUAACAUGGAACAACUGUUUUACACUUGGAACAUGAAGAAGAGAACAUUCUCUCCAUUCUGGCUAAUUCAACAGUACAUCCAUACAGACCCACACAUGCUGUAUCUCAAUACUUCCUCACAGAUUCCUUUUCUGGGAGCAUUGCCUGGUAGGUAAAAUAACUGUGUUGUUUUUCACUUAUUGUGCAGUCUCUUGUCUCUCACACACUCAAGUUGUGACAUAGUUUCUGUUUCUGUUGAAACUGGUUCACUUUCGUUCAGACCCAUCAGUUUUGUCAUCCCCUGACCUCAAUAGACAACAGCCUCAAAAACACAGUUGCUUCUCCAUGUUUCAAUACUUAUUGUUACUACCUGUUUUUGUAAAUAAAAAGUUACUGUUGCAAAAAAUGUUAUUUACUUAGCAGCAAAGAUUUGAAAACAAGUGGAUGCUAUUCUUAGGGUGUGUGUUUGUGUGUGUCAUUAACCAACAAAACAGCUGAAUAGAGAGGGGGGUCAGACUCAAAGAGUUUGUGUGUGUGUGUGUGUGUGUGUGUGUGUGUGUGUGUGUGUGUAAAGGCAGGCGUGACUGAGUAGUGCAACAGAAAGUAGUCACAAGAAGCAUAAAAAAAUAGAAGCUUUAUCCUCAGAACUGGAGCAAGUAUAUGAGUUAUUUGUUCUCAAAGGUGCACUAUGCAGAAAUCGCUCCGCUAUUUCCUGGUUGCUAAAAUUCUAAGCGUUCACCUAAUUUCAGUUUAUUUGACAAAACAAACAAGUAUGGUACAGAUAAUCAUUGUAUCAUCUAAACCACUGUGAAAUAUAUUUUUGAUAACCAAAAAUAUUGUAUUUUCAGCUGUUUUGAAGCUGGUGUACAAAACUGAAAGUAAAAGACACAAAAACUAAACUUAAGAAUGGGGAAGCAUAGAAAUAGUGCACAUAGAACAACAUAUCUACCACUUCUUAGACAUGCUUUAAAUGAGAAUGACAGAUCUAUUACUCGCUUUUCUGUGUGAAUUUGGUCAGGUCGCCCAAAAAGUUACAUAUUGCAGCUUUAAUUAAGGGUUAGGGUCAGGGGAGAUUUGUCAUUCAAAUUUAAUUUAAUUAGGAAGUUGCAAUUGUCCCACUGGGCACACACUGGUUGAAUCAACGUUGUUUCCACGUCAUUGCAAUUAAAUUACGUUAAACCAACGUGGAAUAGACGUUGAAUUGACAUCUGUGCCCAGUGGGGUGACUUCUGUCCUCUAGCAUGGAGAUGAAACAGAAUAAGGCCUACUGGGUCAGAGAAAUCAGUCCUGAGAGUGCUUCAACCUCUCUUUUCUAACUACUUCAUUCUUCCUUCCGUCCCUAUCAACUCACUCUGUUCUGCACCAGGCUUCACACUCAUACUAGUUCACCACAGUUCAGCUUCCUCUUCCGCCCGUUAAGGUACAGAAAACAUUCUCUCUCUCUUUCUUUUAUGUAAAUGUUUUAUAACAGAUUGUGUAUUUUGUUUGCCUUUUGUUGCUUGUUUGUCUCUUUCAACCGUCGUCCCUUUCUCACCCUGUCCCCUCCACCUUCCCUCUCUCUCCCUUUAUCUCUCUGUAGGUUGGUGUAUCUGCAUAUCUGUGUUAUAUUUAUUACCGUGAUUACUGGGGUGACAGCAAAGGUUCUAGAAUGCCUGAUAAGACUAUAUGAAGUUUGCAUUUCAUAUUUACUGAGACAGGCACUGACUUGGUGAAUAAUAAUAUAGAUGUAACUGAUGCAACACAGAGCGUGUCCAGACAAGAGGUUUGUUUGAAUCCCCUGCAUUACCCUUAUCUUUGAUAUUUGCAUCAUGAACUCCAAACAAAGUUUUCCAUCUACACCAUAAAAAUAUUUUACCUGUGCAGGAAUAGGCCCUGGGUGUGUUGUAGUAAGAUUUCUGUAGUAAAACAAAAACCCUUUCCAGGUUGUUGCGGAGAUACAGCAUGAGGAGGAAGUGGGCAUUUUUUUAGGAACCUGCCAGACUAGUUCCUCUCAGAUAACACUCCAGUGUUCUGCAGUGCUCCCAGAAGAGAGAGAGGUUUUAUGCAUUGAAUAUGAAAUGUACAAUUUCCUGUCCGUCUUGUUUCUCUCCCUCUAUUCCAGAAAGUACCUCUCUACCUUUAUUUCACCAAGGUCAGUCUCACUGAAACUUAAAAUCUGUUCUACAAGAAAAACCUGGUAAAAAUAGCAGCACACACAGUUGGCCUACUGCCUAUGACCAAGAGACCAUGACCAAGCACAACCAUUUCCAUCAGUGAUGCGUGUGUCAGUACGGAAGGGGUUAAAAGGGCUCCUGAUCCUGGGUGGACUCUACACCCUGACCCAGUUCCUGCGUUUCUGUCUGCCUUGCCGGCAGCCAUCCCAGGGUGCGGGCGAACCUGUGACCGUGCUGGUCCGGGACGGGUGGAGGGUCAGUGCUGACGUUCCCCUGGUGUUUGUGGGAGGGGUGCCUCGCUCCGGGACCACCCUGAUGAGGUAUGCCAAGAGAAAGGAGGGGGAGAGUAUUUAUUUACUUGUAUUUACCAAUGUACUGUACUUGUAUUAUUCUAACACUCAAUAUGGUUAUAUACUGUAUGUAUUUACCUCUGUACCCUGUCAUUUUGAUCUCUGUCUUAUUUCCCACCCUGUGUAGGGUCAUGCUGGAUGCCCACCCUGCGGUGCGGUGUGGGGAGGAGACGAGGGUCGUGCCCAGGCUGCUGGGCCUAAAGCUGGGCUGGGCUCCUGAGAAGGAGGGGGUCAGUACCAAGGUCCUGGACCGAGCAGUCACUGCCUUCCUCCUUCAGAUCAUAGCAGGACACGGGGAGCCAGCACCUCUACUCUGCAAUAAAGAUCCCUUUACUCUGAAGAGCGCUAAGUACCUCGCUCAUCUCUUCCCCAAGUAGGUCUGACAUACUUUACUAUACACACACACACACACACACACACACACACACACACACACUUCCAUCACAAGACACAUAUACUCUUAAAAAAGAAGGUGCUAUCUAGAACCUAAAAGGGUUCUUUGGCUGUCUCCAUAGGAUAACCCUUUGAUAACCCUUCUUGGUUACAGGUAGAAUCCUUUUGGUUCCAAGUAGAACCUUUUUGGGUUCCAUGUAGAACCCUUUCCACAGAGGUCUACAUGGAACCCAAAAUGGUUCUCCCUGGAACCAAAAAAAGGGUUUUACAUGGAACCAAAAAGGGUUCUUCAAAGGGUUCUCCUAUGGGGACAGCCGAAAACCCUUUUAGGUUCUAGAUAUAACCUUUUUUUCUGAGAGUGUACACUGACCCAAAAGCCUCUGUCACCACACAUAAUGGUGUGAUCUAGUGUGGCUUUUAAUUUAAUUAAUUAAUUAAUUUAAUUUUAAUUUAAUAUGCCAUUUAGCAGACGCUUUUAUCCAAAGCGACUUACAGUCAUGCGUGCAUACAUUUUACACUUUUCACAUGCUGACCUAUAUGAUCCAUAUAGACAGUACAAGAGUGAGUCAUUAGUGACUCACUCAGCAGCCUGGUUACCUCCUACAGUACAGAACACAUAGUAUGACUGAAUACCAGAGCUCAAAGUCCUGAUGGAACAGGAGAUAACUUAUCUACUUUUUCUCUCUUUGCUUGUCACUGACUCCGCCUCCUCUCCAGGCCUGAAACUGGGGUUAGAUAGAAUUAUGAGCAGUGCUUGGGGUGGGAAGUUGUAAAGUUAUCAGUUUCUCUCUUUCUCCUCAACAUUUCUCUCCCUCCUCUAUCCCGCCAUACCUCUACGUCCUUCCUCUCUCUCUUUCUGCAGCUCUAAGUUCCUGUUGAUGCUGAGAGAUGGCAGAGCGGCAGUGUACUCUAUGAUUUCGCGCCGUGUGACGAUUGGUGGCUUUGACCUCUCCAGCUAUAGGGACUGCCUGGCCAAGUGGAGCAGAGCCACACAGGCCAUGCUGACACAGUGCACUCAGGUGUGUGUGUUUGUGUGUCUAUCUGUUUAGGUGGUUGGAGAGUGGUGCCUGACGUGUGUGCGUGCAUGCAUGCAUCUGUGCCUGCAUGUGUGUGAGUGCGCGCCUUUGUGUGUGUGUUUAGGUGGAAAGUGAUGACCAACCAUGUGUGUGUGUGUGCCUCUGUGUGUUUGUGUGUGUGUGUGUGUGUGUGUGUGUGUGUAGGUGGGCAGUAAGAGGUGCCUGGCUGUGAGUUAUGAGAGGCUGGUGCUCCACCCUCGCUCCACCCUGCAGACAGUGCUAAAGUUCCUGGGUCUGCCAUGGCACGAGGGGGUUCUGCACCACGAAGAGGCUAUAGGAAGACCUGGAGGAGUCUCACUGUCAAAGUGUGUAUGAGUGUAUGUCAUAGAAGGUGACAAGGCCAUGCUACAUCACAAAGACUCAGAGGAGUCUUGCUGUUUUGGUGUGUGUUUAUUAAUGUGUGUGUGUGUGUUUGUGUGUGUGUGUGUUUGUGUCACAGAACGGAACGGUCCACAGACCAGGUGAUGAGGCCAGUGAACUUAGAGGCUCUGACUCGGUGGGUAGGUCACAUCCCCCCAGACGUAAUGGCAGACAUGGACGCUAUCGCCCCCAUGCUAGGGAGACUAGGCUACGACCCCAGAGCAAACCCACCGAACUACGGACAGCCUGACCCACAGGUCCUCAACAACACACAAAGGGUACGGACACACACACACACACACACACACACACACACAGGUUUUGCUGAUGUAAACGUUAUGUCCUCUCUCUAUAGGUUUUGAGGGGAGACUUUAAAACUCCUGUAGCAGGCAUACAUCUGAAAGGACGGCCCCUGGUGAGUCUAACAGAAAAGCCACCUAUCCUCAAUGUCUAGGCGACUGCUGAUUGACUGUUUUUAGUAUAGAACUGAUCAGUGUUGGUUCUGUCUACAUCCUUCUUUAGACGUCCAUGAAAGGUUCACAGACAGAGAGGUGACAGGGUCAGCGCCUGGAACAAUGGUCACCCCUGACAUAUAACCCCUGAUUAUCCUCUCAGGGAAGACAACAGCAUCAACCAAAAGGCUGGUAGCUAAGCAUCAAGCACAGUCACAGGGCAUUACCAUUCAUGUUCUCUAGACCUCAUUGAUCUGAAAAAGUGAUGUGCAAUGGAGAAAAGUAUAUUACAUUGUUUUUUUACAUUAAAAAAUGUAUUUACUUACUUGAAUAGGUUCUCUCACUGCCUCCGUUUUUUGGGGUCCUUACAAAAACAAAAUAAUGGACAAUCUUCACUAUAUUUUUGGUGGUAUCAAAGUGCAGCCAGCAGCCAUAUGGAUGAACGGAGACAAGGGAAAAAAUUUGCUCUUUUGGAAUCCGAGAAUGAAAACACUUACACACUCAUCUCUAACAUGUAGGCUCAGCAUUCCUGAACAGUCCCAUUACAAGUCAGAA